AUGGUGACCGAGGGGAGGCGCGUGUUCGCGAGGGUACCUCGCCCCGCGCUGCAGCACUACACGUGCAUGGUGGAGAUACUCGGGUGCGCCGGGGAGGUGGACGAGGCGGAGGGCCUAGUGGUCGGGAUGGAGGCGCAUCCGGACAGGGUCAUCUUCGCGGCGCUCCUCGCCAUGUGCACGGCCGCGUCGACGUCGCCGAGCGGGUGUCCGAGCUCAUGCGCCGCGAGAGCCCUCCUAGCUUCUAAAAUCAGAAAUCUAUUGACUGUCAGUCUGUCUGCUGUGGGUGAAGGUCUUCAGUUUCAUUUUACAGUUUGA